GCAGUGCCACCCCGCUGACAUUCCCGCACACUUCCGCGUUGCCGCUGCCGCUGUGUGUGUGUGUCAGCGAGUGUUUACUGCGGCUCCGGCCGCCUCUCUCCGGGAGCCCGGCCGCUGGCAGCCACCGGUGAACCCCCUCCUGCCCGGGCUGCACCCUGGACCAUGAGAAGAUGGAGAAGAUGUCCAGCUUCCUCCACAUCGGGGACAUCGUGUCCCUGUACGCCGAGGGCACUGUCAAUGGCUUCAUCAGCACGCUGGGGUUAGUGGAUGACAGAUGCGUGGUGCAGCCAGAAGCCGGAGACCUGACCAAUCCACCAAAGAAAUUCCGAGACUGCCUUUUCAAAGUAUGCCCCAUGAACCGUUAUUCAGCACAGAAACAGUUCUGGAAAGCAAAACAAUCAAAGCAAGGGAAUACAGAAGCUGCGUUGCUGAAGAAAUUGCAGCAAGCAGCUGAGCUGGAACAGAAGCAGAAUGAGAUAGAGAAGAGGAAACUGCUGGGGGAGGUUGUGAAGUACAGCAACGUCAUGCAGUUGCUGCACAUCAAGAGCAACAAGUACCUCACCGUCAACAAAAGACUGCCAGCGCUCCUGGAAAAAAAUGCAAUGAGGGUUUCUUUGGACCCUUUGGGAAACGAAGGUUCCUGGUUCUACAUUCAACCUUUCUGGAAGCUGAGGAGCGAAGGUGACAAUGUGGUCGUGGGAGAUAAGGUGGUGUUGAACCCCGUCAAUGCCGGACAGCCGCUGCACGCAAGCUGUCACGAGUUGCUGGACAACCCAGGCUGUAAGGAGGUGAACGCGGUGAACUGCAACACGAGCUGGAAGAUUGCUCUCUUCAUGAAGUACAGUGACUACCGGGAAGACGUCCUCAAAGGGGGGGACGUGGUGAGGCUUUUUCACGCCGAGCAGGAGAAGUUCCUCACCUGCGACGAGUACAAGAAGCAGCAGCACAUCUUCCUGAGGACCACCCUGCGACAGUCUGCCACCUCAGCUACAAGCUCCAAGGCUCUCUGGGAGAUUGAGGUGGUGCAUCACGACCCUUGUCGAGGUGGCGCGGGGCACUGGAACAGCCUGUUUCGAUUCAAGCAUCUGGCUACAGGGAACUACUUGGCUGCAGAGGUUAAUCCAGAUUACCGAAAUGACCAGCUAGAAUCAAAGGGAAUGAGCGAGGGGGAUAUGUUGCCAAUUAAAAGCAAGCGGCAGAUGGUGGAGAAGAUCAUCUACACACUGGUGUCAGUGCCCCACGGAAACGACAUCGCGUCCCUCUUUGAGCUUGACACCACCACCCUUCAGAGAGCCGACUCCCUGGUGCCCAGGAACUCGUACGUUAGAUUGAGACAUCUCUGCACCAACACCUGGGUCACCAGCAGCAACAUCCCCAUCGACACUGAAGAAGAACGGCCAGUGAUGCUGAAGAUUGGAACGUGUCCAACCAAGGAAGACAAGGAAGCGUUUGCCAUUGUCUCUGUGCCACUUUCAGAAGUCCGAGAUUUGGACUUUGCCAACGAUGCCAGUAAAGUCCUCGUAGCGACGGUCCAAAAGUUAGAAAGUGGCAGCAUCACUCAGAAUGAAAGGAGGUUUGUGACAAAACUUCUGGAAGACUUGGUCUUUUUUGUUGCGGAUGUGCCCAGUAAUGGUCAGGAGGUGCUGGAUGUGGUUAUCACAAAACCAAACAGGGAGAGGCAGAAGCUAAUGAGAGAGCAAAAUAUCUUGAAGCAGAUCUUCGGAAUAUUGAAAGCUCCUUUCAUGGACAAGGGAGAAGGGCCGAUGUUGAGACUGGAAGACCUCGGAGACCAGCGAUAUGCUCCCUACCGAUACAUCCUGAGGCUAUGUUACCGUGUCCUCCGACACUCACAACAGGACUACAGGAAGAAUCAGGAAUACAUUGCCAAGAUGUUUGGCAUUAUGCAGUCCCAGAUCGGAUACGAUGUGCUGGCAGAAGACACGAUUACAGCCCUGCUGCACAACAAUAGGAAACUGCUGGAGAAACAUAUCACAGCAAAGGAAAUCGAGACCUUCGUCAAUUUGCUGCGGAGGAACAGGGAGCCCAGGUUUUUGGAUUACUUGUCAGAUCUCUGUGUGUCCAACAACAUUGCAAUCCCUGUCACUCAAGAGCUCAUUUGCAAAUUUAUGUUGAACUCAUCCAAUGCCGACAUUCUCAUUCAAACCAAGCUGCUCUCGAAUCGUGGGGACUUCAGCAUUGAGAGCCCUCUGCUUGAGGAGGAUGGUGAAGAGGAUGAGGUUUGGUUGUACUGGAUAGAUGCGGACAAGGAACCUCACGGCAAGUCCAUCCGCCAGCUUGCUCAGGAGGCGAAGGAGGGAAACAAAGAAGAAAAUGAUAUUUUAACCUAUUACAGAUACCAGCUGAACCUCUUUGCAAGAAUGUGCCUUGAUCGUCAGUACCUGGCCAUCGACCAGAUCUCGACUCAGCUCGGGGUGGACCUCAUCCUCCGCUGCAUGUCGGACGAGGACCUGCCCUACGACUUGCGCGCCUCCUUCUGCCGACUGAUGCUGCACAUGCACGUGGACCGGGACCCUCAGGAGUCGGUCACCCCAGUGAAAUACGCCCGGCUGUGGACGGAAAUCCCCACCAAAAUCACAAUUCACGAGUACGACUCGGUCACGGACAUGUCCCGUGACGACAAGAAGAACAAGUUUGCUCUUACGAUGGACUUUGUGGAGGAGUACCUGAAGGAUGUAGUAACUCAGCCGUUUCCUUUCGGAGACAAGGAAAAGAUCAAGCUCACGUUUGAGGUGGUGAAUUUGGCUCGGAACUUAAUAUACUUUGGGUUCUACAGCUUUAGCGAGCUCCUGAGGCUAACUCGAACAUUGCUGGCCAUCCUAGACUGUGUUCAGAAUCCCACAUCCUCCUACUUAGAAAGGCUAAGCAAGUUUCAAGAUGGGGGGAACAACGUGAUCAGGACAAUCCAUGGAGUGGGGGAGAUGAUGACGCAGAUGGUUCUGAGCCGUGGGUCUCUCUUACCUGGAAUUCUGGGAGAGGGGCACGACACCCAGACCAGGAGUGGACCGGGGAAGCAAGUGCAAACCUCGGAAAAUGAAGACGUGACGGUCAUGGACACAAAGCUGAAAAUUAUCGAAAUAUUGCAGUUUAUUCUCAGUGUCAGGCUGGAUUACCGCAUCUCCUACAUGUUGUCCAUCUACAAGAGGGAAUUUGGAGAGACCAGUGCAUCUGACUCGCUGGCAGGCACACAGACAGAGACCACAGUCCCAGACCUGGAGGCCAUUGGAGAGCAGGCAGAGACAAUGUUUGCAGGAAGUCAGGAGAGGAACCCGGUGGAACUGGACGACGAAGGGGGGCGGACGUUCCUGCGAGUUCUUGUCCACCUGAUCAUGCACGACUAUCCCCCGCUGGUGUCCGGUGCCCUGCAAUUGCUCUUCAAGCAUUUCAGCCAAAGAGCAGAGCUCCUCCAGGCUUUUAAACAGGUCCAGUUACUGGUGUCUUCCCAGGAUGUGGACAACUACAAGCAGAUCAAAGCUGACUUGGAUCUGUUGCGUCUGACGGUGGAAAAGUCGGAGCUCUGGGUGGAGAAGAAAGGAAGCUACGGUAACAGUGAGAACCAGGGUGAAGGAGCAGACGAUGUGAAGGCCGAGGAUCCAGGAAUUCUGAGUCCCGUACAAGACGGCAACAAAAGACCUCAGAUAGACAGCAACAGCAGUAAUAACUACAGGAUUGUGAAGGAGAUCUUGCUCCGUCUCAGUAAGCUCUGCAUACAGAGUGCGAGGAGAAGCAGGAGUCAGCAGCAGCGGCUACUGAAGAAUAUGGGAGCUCACACUGCGGUGCUGGACCUCUUACAGAUCCCCUAUGAGAAGACGGAUACCAAGAUGAAUGAAAUUAUGAAUUUGGCCCAUGGAUUUGUGCAGAACUUCUGUGCAGGGAAUCCACAGAACCAGGCCCUCCUCCAUAAACACCUCAACUUGUUCCUCACUCCUGGUCUCCUGGAGGCAGAAACGAUGCGCCACAUUUUUCUGAGCAACUACCACCUCUGCAAUGAGAUCAGCGAGCGUGUCAUCCAGCACUUUGUGCACUGCAUCGAGACGCACGGCCGCCACGUGCUCUACCUGAAGUUCCUGCAGACUAUCGUCAAAGCAGAUGGGAAGUACGUGAAGAAGUGCCAAGACAUGGUCAUGACUGAGCUGGCUAACGGAGGAGAAGAUGUGCUGGUCUUUUACAAUGACAGGGCAUCCUUUCCUCUCCUGUUGCAUAUGAUGUCAUCGGAACAGGAGCGUUCCGAUGGAAAUGGAGCACUGAAUUACCACAUCACUCUGGUUGAGCUACUGGCUGCUUGCACAGAGGGCAAGAAUGUGUACACCGAAAUCAAAUGCAACUCCUUGCUGCCUCUGGAUGACAUUGUGAGGGUGGUAACCCAUGAAGACUGCAUACCUGAGGUGAAGACGGCGUAUGUUAACUUUGUGAACCAUUGCUAUGUGGACACAGAGGUGGAGAUGAAGGAGAUUUACACAAGUAACCACAUCUGGAAGCUAUUUGAAAAUUUUAUUGUUGACAUGAAUCGGGUUUGCAACUCCACAACUGACAGGAAGCAUGCAGACACUGCGCUGGAGAAGUAUGCGACAGAGGCCGUGAUGAACAUCAUCAGUGGGUUCUUCAGUUCCCCGUUCUCUGACAACAGCACAAGUCUACAGACACACCAGCCAAUAUUUAUCCAACUGCUCCAGUCUGCCUUUAGAAUUUACAACUGCACAUGGCCAACUCCGUCUCAGAAGUCUUCAGUGGAGUCUUGUAUCAAAACCCUGGCUGAAGUCGCUAAAAGCCGAGCAAUAGCAAUCCCUGUAGACCUGGACAGUCAAGUGAACACCCUGUUUAUGAAGACCCACUCGAACAUGGUCCAGAGAGCAGCGAUAGGGUGGCGGAUGUCCACCCGCAGUGCCCCCCGUUACCUGAGUGGGGGGCCCAGCUUGGACUACAGGAACAUCAUAGAGAAGCUGCAGGAUAUAGUGUCCACCCUGGAACAACAAUUCCAACCCAUGGUGCAUGCCGAAUCUUCAGUGCUGGUCGAUGUCCUCCACAGUCCAGAGCUGCUUUUCCCCGAAGGAAGCGACGCACAGAUCAGAUGUGAAAGUGGAGCCUUCAUGAGCAAAUUGAUUAAUCAUUCUAAAAAACUGAUGGAUAAAGAAGAGAAACUCUGCAUUAAAAUUCUUCAAACGCUGAGAGAAAUGCUGAACAGGAAGGACAAUUUUGGGGAAAAGGGCACAGUUUUGAGGAAGAUUCUCCUGAACCGUUACUUUGGGAAUCUCCGUAGCAUCUAUAAAGGGGACGGACACAGCAGCAGCAUUAAUGCCCCACUGACGGCUGGGAGCUUCUCUAAGGCGGGCCAGUUGGGAGGCAGCUCCUCGUCGGACUCGGACAAGUGCGGGAUCUCUGUCUUUGAGAUUCAGUGCCACCUGGACAGGGAAGGGGCAUCUGAGCUGGUCACUGACCUCAUCACAAACACGAAAAACAGCAAGAUCUUCGAAGAAAGUAUCAUGCUCGGCAUUGCCUUGUUAGAGGGAGGGAACACCCAGACCCAGAACUCGUUUCACCACCAGCUGAACGAGCUGAAGAAAUCCGAGAAGUUCUUCAAAGUCUUCUACGAUCGGAUGAAGGUGGCCCAGCAAGAAAUAAGGGCCACGGUGUCAGUCAACACUAAUGAUCUGAGCAGUAAGAAGAAGGACGAUGACUAUGAUGUUGUGCCACCCGUCAACAGGAGAAGAGCGAGGGACUCAGCACUUCACCUCAAGGAGGGAGUGAAAGGGCAGUUGGUGGAGGCUUCCGCUGCCACAUGCAAAGCCUACUACAUGUACAGGAGGGAGAUGGACCCCGAGGCUGACCUCAUCCCCGUGGGAAUCGACUGCAUCGGACUGGAGGAGAAGUCUGGAGAUGAAGAGGUCAUGAGCCCUCUGAUUACUAUAAUGGAGCCAAUCCUAAGGUUCCUUCAGCUGCUGUGUGAGAACCAUAACCUGGAGCUACAGAAUUUCCUUCGGCACCAAAACAACAAAACCAAUUACAACCUGGUGUGCGAGACGCUUCAGUUUCUGGACUGUAUCUGUGGCAGCACCACUGGUGGACUUGGGCUAUUGGGACUCUACAUCAACAAGAAGAAUGUCUCCCUCAUCAACCAAACACUGGAAACAUUGACGGAAUAUUGCCAGGGACCUUGUCACGAGAAUCAGACUUGCAUCACCACCCAUGAAUGCAAUGGAAUUGAUAUCAUCAUCGCAUUGAUCCUCAAUGACAUUAACCCCCUUGGAAAGUAUCACAUUGAUCUGGUCUUGAAACUAAAGAACAAUGCUUCUAAGCUUUUACUUUCGAUAAUGGAAAGCAGACACGACAGUGAGAACGCAGAAAGAAUUCUGUACAACAUGCGCCCAAAAGAACUGGUUGACGUCAUAAAGAAUGCCUAUAGUCAAGGCGUGGAGAUCAGCGAUGAUGAAAUUUCAGACGAUUAUAUCUCUCCAAAGGAUGUUGGCCAUAAUAUUUAUAUCUUGGCUCACCAGCUAUCGCAACAUAACAAGUUACUGCAGCAGAAGCUUAAACCUGGGUCGGAUCCGCAGGACGAGGGCAUUGAAGCUUUAACGUAUUACGCCAAUCGCACUGCGCAGAUCGAAAUUGUACGACACGAUCGAACUAUGGAGCAAAUUGUCUUCCCUGUGCCGAGCAUUUGUGGGUAUCUCACGCGUGAGUCGAAAUGGAAGGUGUUCAACACCACAGAGAGGGAUGAACAGGGCAGCAAAGUGAACGACUUCUUCCAGCAAGCUGAGGAUCUCUACAACGAAAUGAUUUGGCAAAAGAAGAUCAAAAACAAUCCAGGCUUGUUUUGGUUCUCAAAAAACAUGUCGCUAUGGGGAAACAUUUCAUUCAAUUUUGCAGUAUUUAUCAACCUGGCUGUCGCACUUUUCUAUCCAUUCGGAGAUGAUGGUGAUGAGGGUACAAUCUCACCCCUGUUUUCGCUGCUGCUCUGGAUCGUGGUUAUUGUUUGCACUGUUUUGCUUAUCCUCGUACCAAAACCUCAUGGAAUAAGACUAUUCACUGUGUCCGUAAUGUUCCGGUCCAUAUACACGAUCGGGUUGGGACCGACUUUGAUACUCUUGGGUGCUCUCAAUCUGUGCAAUAAAAUUGUGUUCUUGGUCAGUUUUGUUGGGAACCGUGGAACGUUCACCCGCGGUUAUAAGGCAGUGGUCAUGGAUGUGGAGUUUUUAUACCACGUGCUCUAUGUGGUUGUCUGCAUGUUGGGUCUCUUCGUCCAUGAGUUUUUUUACAGUUUCCUGCUGUUUGACUUGAUCCACAGGCAAGAAACAUUGCUUAAUGUAAUAAAAAGUGUCACACGCAAUGGUCGGUCCAUCAUUCUGACAGCAGCACUGGCUCUCAUCCUUGUCUACCUCUUCUCUAUUGUGGGAUUCCUCUUUCUGCAAGAUGAUUUCAUCAUGGAGGUUGACCGACUGGAGAAGAACAAGACCUCUCUAUCAGAUCAGGAGAACAGAUACAGCUCAACGUUGAACAGUAAGGAACAAGUCUGUCGGGAGAACUGUUCUGUUUUGUCUGUUGCACCUACAGAGGACCAAGAUGACACAAUGCUAGAACAAACCUGCGACACACUGCUAAGGUGCAUCGUUACAGUAUUAAACCAGGGGUUGCGGAAUGGAGGUGGCGUGGGCGAUGUGUUGAGAAAACCUUCAAAGAACGAGCCUCUGUUCUUCGCACGCGUCGUCUACGACCUCCUGUUCUUCUUCAUUGUCAUCAUCAUCGUCCUGAACCUCAUCUUCGGUGUCAUCAUCGACACGUUCGCCGACCUGAGGAGCGAGAAGCAGAAGAAAGAGGAGAUCCUGAAGACGACGUGCUUUAUCUGUGGGCUCGAAAGAGACAAGUUUGAUAACAAGACGGUGUCGUUCGAAGAGCACAUCAAGUUUGAACACAAUAUGUGGCACUAUUUAUACUUCAUUGUCUUAAUCAAAGUCAAGGACCCAACUGAAUACACAGGACCUGAAAGUUACGUUGCACAAAUGAUAAUGGAGAAGAACUUGGAUUGGUUCCCUCGGAUGCGUGCCAUAUCAUUGGUCAGUAAUGAAGGUGAUAGUGAGCAGAAUGAAAUCAGAUGUCUGCAAGAUAAAUUGGAAUCAACCAUGUCCCUAGUGGAGCAACUGUCAAGUCAACUUUCGGAACUGAAAGAACAGAUGACGGAGCAAAGGAAGAACAAGCAGCGUCUGGGAUUCCUGGGAUCCAACACACCUCACGUGAAUCACCACGAGGCAGCACAUUGAAGACUUUUUGCAUUCGGGACUUGUUUCCACAAGCUGGUGCUGGUGGUCGAGAUCAUAUUUGGAAACAGAUGCCUUAAUAACUGGAUGAAAGCCAUUGAGAAGGACUCGUGAAUGGCCAAAGACCUGCUUUCAUAUCCACCCUAGGGGUGUUCAUUAGAUAGCCACCCUGGUAACCCAGCCUGAGUUCCAUUCUAUAACCUUCAUGCACUGUGUGUCUGCAAUGAACUAGUUGGUGACUCAUGGCUGAUUACAAGAUGGUGACUGAUUUUUUUAAAAUUUUUUAUUCAUUCAUUUGGGGGAUGCAGGCACUGGAUUUCCAUCCCUAGCGGAGGUGGUGAGAAUGGACAUCCUCUUGGUUUAGGCACUGCGGUCAAAGUACGCGUUCGGGCCAAGAUGGUGUGUCCUGGAAAGGUCCUCUUUGUGGGAAGAUGGCGCCGUGGAUGUGAGGGGGCCACUAAGCAGGCCUUGGCAAGUUGCCGCAGUUAAUCCCAAAGAUCGUAUAUCCUGCACCUGGUACUGGAACUUCAGGCUAGUGGCUGAGGGUUGUUGGUUGAGAAUUGCUCCCGCUUCAGCCUUCAGUCCAAUGGAGACUAUUCCUCACACCCUUUACUUCACCUUGCAGGUGAUACAGCCACGGAAAACCCAACCCUCGAUCUCCAUUGGUAGCCCCAGUAUGUAUAUGGUUGGCCUAAAAAGUGGUAACCACCAGGCUGUAAACAGUAGGGUCUCGGUAAUGGCAUUGGGGAAAGGGUUAGACAUUCCCUUGCUGGAGAUGGUCACGGUCUAUACAUGUGUGGUGCAGGGAUUCUUGCCUUGUGUGGUUUGGAGGUUGCCUCUGACUUCCCACCCCGGAUUUGAAUAUCGCCCAUGUCUUGCGCAUUCCUUUACAGUUUGUCUCAUUCCUUGAGGAAUUGGGAAUGGAACAGAGAACUGCAGUUCCCAUCCACCACCUGAAAAUAGGAGAUCCCAGUCCAUCAGGGAUGUCCUGGGGCAGUAAUGAUUGGUAUUUACUUCCUUUAUACUGGGUACACCUACACCAGUGCACGAUUCCCCCUCAUCCCCAUUGACUUCGGCUGUACCUGGGCUCUACCUUGCUUCACUCGGUCAGAUGCUGCCUUGAUGUCAAGGACAGGCAUUUGCAGCUCAUGACUGGAAUUCAGCUCAUCUGUCCAGGUUUGGGACAAAGCUGUAAUGUGGUCUUUGAGUAAAGGCGCCCUUCUGAAUCCCAAACUGAACAUCCGUUAGCCGAUAGCUGAUGGGUAUUGAUUGACAACACUGCCAAGGACACUUCCCAUCACUUUGCUGAUGAGUGUGAGAAAUGUCAGCCAGGUUAGAUUUAUCCUGUUUCAUGUUGAUAUACCUUGGAGGUUUUAUCCGUUGUUGGGGAGAUGAUGUGCUUGUAGGCUCUAAUGAAAUAGCGCAACCCAGCAGAGGAUAAAAUAGACCAUAGGCCACGAAUACAGACAGGAUCAAUAAACAGUCUGCUGGAGGAACUCAGCAGGUCAAGCAGCAGUGUGUGUGUGUGUGUGCACGUGUGCGCGCAUAUGCGUGCGUGUGUGUGUGUGUGGGGGGGGUGGGGCGGUGGGGGGGGAGGAAUUGUCGACGUUUUGGGUUGAAACCCUGCAUCAAUUCCAUUCCCCCCCACAGACGCUGCUCGACCCACUGAGUUCCUCCAGCAGAUUGUGUGUUGCUCCAGAUUCUGGCGUCUGCAGUCUCUGGUGUCUCCAAUACAGUCAGGAAGUUGUUGGCUCCCAUAGCCUUUGCUACAUCUGAUGUAUUCACCCACUUCUUGAUAGCACAAGGAGAGAACCAAAUGGGCUGAACUCUGGCUUCUGUAAUGCUAGACUGAGGCCGAGACAGAUCGUUCAUUUGGCAGUACUAUUGAAGAUGGUUGCAAACACUUUGGUGGCACAGUGGAUAGAGCCGCUGCCUCACAGUCCCAGAGGCCCCGGUUCAAUCCUGACCCCCGGUGCUGUCUGUCUGGAGUUUGCACCGUUCUCCCAGGGACUGUGUGGGUUUCCUCCGGGUGCUCCAGUUUCCUCCCACAUCGAAAAGGUGCGGGGUUUGGUAGAUUAAAUGGCCGCUGUAAAUUACCCCUGGUGUGUUGACGAGCGGUGGAAUCUGCGGGGAGUUCAUGAGAAUGUGGGGAGAAUAAAAUUGGAUCAGUAAAGGAUUAGUGUAACGGGGUGGUUGAUAGUGGGCUGAUGGCCUGUUUCUGUGCUGUAUCCCGUUAUGACUCUGGGACACUUCAGGUUUGCCUCUUACACUGGUGUCCAGGACUCUACGAUGGGUGAGGAUUGGAACGUCCAUGGUGCCUGCUCCUUCUCCCCUGCUCGUCCAACUGUUUUCCACCUUUCACAGCUGGAUGGGCACCACAGUCGGGCUUUAACUGGAACUGUUGAUUGCGGCUUUGAUUAUCACUGGCCAUGACCUGAUAUUUCUGCUAGUUACCCUGCAUGUGUCCUCUGAUGCACCCUCACUAAGUUGGCCCCUUGUUUCCGGGUGCAUCUGGUGUUGCACCUGAUGUGUUCUACACCCCUCCGUGAGCAGGGUUAGUUCACUAGGAUGGCCGCAAUGUAGAGGGAGGGAGGUGGGGCCAUUGAUUGCGCGGAGUACAGUUGCUGCUUGCUGAUGGACGCGUAAAACUGAGCUGCCAAAUCUGGUCUUAGUCUGAUCCCACACAGUGCAUCUGCCACCUUUUCGUCCCUAACCUCGGAGUUGUUUGUUGUGUCGAUAGCCCUGAUACGAAGCAUUUUUGGUUGCAAGAUGGUGAACACAGAACACAGUUUAAAAGGACUCGUAUGAGGCCAGAGGGUCUCUCGUGGUCUGCCUGAGGGAUAUUCUCUGUGUCACCUUGCCACGGAUCCUUUCACAACUCUUCCUCUCCAUUCCAUUGUGGGCACAACAUUGUGGGCCGAAGGGCCUGUACUGUGCUGUAGUUUUCCAUUCCAGUCUUCCUGUACAUAAACGGUACACAUUCACAUUAGGGUGAGUUCAUGCCUCCUUAUCGUUAGGUCAGAUCUUUGUGUUUGAAAUGAUAAGAGGACUCCACAGGACUCCAGUAAAGUCUCCUGGUGAGAAGAUUGAGAGCAGUGACGGAAUAAUCCAACAAUCAGAGUUGACCCACUGAAGUCUGAUAUAUUUUAUCAACUGAAAGGGGGCAGUGGUAAUCCAAAGCUCCAUCCCAAGAAGCUGUGGAAACCAGUGCCACCGGCCAGUUCCAAGACAGAGCCUGCCCUUGGGCGACACAGCAGUUAGUGCUGCUACCCUGCCGCUUCAGGGGCCCAGGUUCGAUCCCCAACACGGGCGUCGUCUGUGUGGAGUUUGCAAGCUCUCCCCGACGUGCUGGUAGGUUAAUUGGCUGGUGUUAAUUACCCCUUGGUGUUGCAAAAUGGACCAAAGGAGAUGGUGGGCGUGUGAGGGGAAAUAAAUUGAAGAGGUACAAGGAAGUAAGGAGAAGAGGGGCUAGGAAUAAUGGGAUUACAUUCUUGGCAUGUCCCCAAUGGCCUCCUCCUGUAUCAUUAUCAAUAGAAGGUAAUUAGAGUUGAGAUGUAGAUCAACUGUGAUCUGGCAUGAGAGACCAUGUGGUCACCUUCUAUUCCUGUAAUUAUUUCUUCAUGUUACAUGUCUUACCACUCUCAGAAUAAGAAUCAGGUUUAUUAUCACUGUCUUAAAUGACGUGAAAUUUGUUGUUUUGUGGCAGCAGUACAGUGCAAAGACAUAAAAAAGUAUAAAUUACCAAAUAAGUAAAUAGUGCAUACAAAAAGGAAUAACGAGGUAGUGUUCAUGGGUUCAUGGACCGUUCAGAAAUCUGACGGCGGAGGGGAAGAAGCUGUUCCUGAAUUGUUGAAUGUGAGUCUUCAGGCUCCUGUACCUCCUCCCCGAUGGUGGUAAUGAGAAGAGGGCAUGUCCCGGGUGGUGAGGGUCCUCAAUGAUGGAUGCCGCUUUCUUGAGGCACCACCUCUGGAAGAUGUCCGCGAUGUGCCCAUGAUGGAACUGGUUGAGUCUACAACCAUCUGCAGCCUCUUGCGAUCCCAUGCACUGGAGCCUCCAUACCAGGUGAUGAUGCAACCAUAAAUCAAUAGUAUAAUCAAUAUUACAAUGAAUCAAUAAUACAAUAUUGGCCAAAAUAAGGGCAGCGUGCAGAACAGGUGCACAGCGCUGACUACGUGAUUCCUGGGAUAACUGGAGCAGAAACACGACUGUUCACUUCAACCACUACACAACUUCAUGUUGUGCAUGUUCCUUGAAGUGUUGGUAUAAAGCUCAUACUGGGACCAGGGUGGUUUCAGUGAAGGGGAGAGGGGAAUAAAUGGCAGGAAAAACAAGGGAUGCUUCACGUUCUCAGUGUGGAUCCAUCCAGAUGGGAGCUGGGGAAGGGGACAGGCCUACCCACCCACCCACAGCUGUGCUCCUGAGUCUCAGUUAUGUUCCUUUGACCAAAUACACUGUCACUCUCUUAAAGCCGUUUUGAAUGUAUCUAACCUUUUGAUAUCAACACGUUUCCAAAGGUACUAAAGCAAAAAAAAUAUUUUUAUAUUUUGAACCAUUAAUUUCAAAAGUUGUGUGACGUUUAAAAUAUUAAUUUUGUACAUUAGAUGAAACUCAUUGAGAGCUUCAAAGAACCCAAACUGCCUGACUUUUUAAAUGGGGGAUUUGUAUGGUUUUAAUUUGAAUAUCUUGCAUGAACUGUAAAAUAGUGGGGAAGCAAUGGAAAUCUAUUAAAUGGUUGUUAUGAAGCCUUUUUAACUGGUAUUAUUUGUACGGCCUUUGCAAAAGAGAGGUAGAGGCCUUAAUUGUCUCUGACUGGAUGAUGCCUUUGUACCUUUCAACUA